CAUGACCGUGUCACAUGACUUACCAGCAUAAUCAAAGAUGGCGCACAAGAGUGGCAAGCUCGAUAUGCGGUCUCUCAAUGGACCCCUUUCUGACGUCGAGGCAAGGGCAACACACAAGCUAGCCGUAAGCCGAGACUACAUAUCGCAGCCCAGAAUAACAUAUAAGACGGUGUCUGGUGUGAAUGGUCCACUAGUUAUUCUGGAUGAUGUCAAGUUUCCCAAGUUUGCAGAGAUUGUAAAUUUGACACUGGCAGAUGGCACCAAGCGCAGUGGACAGGUUUUGGAGAUUAGCGGUUCAAAAGCUGUUGUCCAGGUUUUCGAGGGUACAUCAGGUAUUGAUGCCAAACAUACAACAUGUGAAUUUACAGGUGAUAUUUUGCGAAUGCCUGUGUCUGAAGACAUGUUGGGUCGAGUGUUUAAUGGAUCAGGCAAACCCAUUGACAAAGGUCCCCAAGUGCUGGCCGAGGAUUUCCUUGAUAUUCAAGGUCAGCCCAUUAACCCCUGGUCUCGUAUCUAUCCUGAGGAGAUGAUUCAGACAGGUAUUUCUGCUAUUGACACAAUGAACAGCAUUGCCCGCGGGCAGAAAAUUCCCAUCUUCUCUGCUGCUGGUCUGCCUCACAAUGAGAUUGCAGCCCAGAUCUGUAGACAGGGUGGUCUAGUCAAGUUGCCGGGAAAAAGUGUGCUAGAUGACCAUGAAGAUAACUUUGCCAUUGUGUUCGCAGCUAUGGGAGUGAACAUGGAAAUUGCACGCUUCUUCAAGCAGGACUUUGAGGAGAAUGGGUCCAUGGAGAACGUUUGCUUGUUCUUGAAUCUGGCUAAUGACCCCACCAUUGAGCGCAUCAUCACACCACGUAUUGCCCUGACAACUGCUGAGUUCAUGGCAUACCAGUGUGAAAAACACGUGCUGGUCAUCCUGACCGACAUGAGCUCCUACGCAGAAGCUUUGCGUGAGGUGUCUGCUGCCAGAGAAGAAGUGCCUGGUCGCCGUGGUUUCCCAGGUUACAUGUACACUGAUUUGGCCACCAUCUAUGAACGUGCUGGGAGAGUUGAAGGCCGCAAUGGCUCCAUCACUCAGAUUCCUAUUCUCACCAUGCCUAAUGAUGACAUUACCCAUCCAAUCCCUGAUUUGACUGGCUACAUCACUGAAGGACAGAUCUAUGUUGACAGGCAGCUUCACAACAGACAGAUUUAUCCACCUAUCAAUGUGCUGCCAUCUCUUUCACGUCUCAUGAAGUCUGCCAUUGGUGAGGGCAUGACACGUGAUGACCAUGCUGAUGUCUCCAAUCAGUUGUAUGCUUGCUAUGCCAUUGGUAAAGAUGUACAGGCUAUGAAGGCUGUAGUAGGAGAAGAAGCCCUGACACCAGAGGAUCUUCUUUACCUGGAGUUCCUUACCAAAUUUGAGAAAAACUUCAUCUCUCAAGGCCACUAUGAGAAUCGAACCAUUUUCGAGUCUCUUGACAUUGGAUGGCAGCUGCUGCGAAUUUUCCCCAAGGAAAUGUUGAAGCGCAUUCCCCAGUCUACACUUGCAAAGUACUAUCCUCGUGAUGCCCAGCGGACUCAGGCUGGAACCUCCAAGGAAACAACAUCGCUGUAGGAAAAUAGCUGAACUUGGAGUGAUGGUGAUGGUAUAACAUUUUAAUAGGGCAUUGUGCCAUUUAUGUGCAAGCUGCAGUCUAUUGCCCUGUAUUCUGGGAGAGACUGAAAGACUAAGAAAAAAAACAACAAAAUAUGCAGCGCUUUUGUUAAGGCUGUUUAUCAUUCAGAAGAAUGCCCACUCAAAAAGACCAAAGACUUGAAGGUCAUAGUCAUAAAAGAUCGAAAUUAUAUCUAAAAUGUUAGUUUCUUUUAAAAAAAGAAAAGUGAAUGACCAGUCUGUGCCACUGUUAAUAGUAACAAGCUAAUUAAGCUAAAUGCUGAAUUAAAACUGUUUCAUGUGUAUCUUUUGAGGGUAUGAUGUAUAUAUAUCUUGCAACUAAUGUUGGCUGUGGCACUACAGUCACAUCGGUUGGUUGGCCCACCAUAGGAAAAAAAACAUUCCUUUGUAGAAGAGAAUGUAUGCAGUAGAGAUUUGGAUGAUUUGUUUAGUCUAUUGAACAUAAACGGAUUUAAAAAAAAUUGUGUUCACGGAGAUAUUUUCCCCAUCUGUGAGGUUCUGUUUUCCCAUACCCACACUCAGAAACCAUAAGCUACAGUGUGUAGACUCCAUGUGUGAAAACAAAUUAUUUGGUAAUAUUUAUUUCAUGUAGUAGAAUCUUUUCACUAUGGCAUCUUUUCACUCCUGCAUCUUUGCUGCUUCUGUAUGAGGGGUUGCUUGCACCAACAGCAUGAUACUUGAGAAGACCUCAUUCUCGUCAUUUUGAGGAGGAUUACAGAACAAAAUAAUUUUACCCUUGUAUGUGUGAUAUUUAGGUGUAUAAAUAUCUGUGAAAGAGGCAUGAAUAGUUGUGAAGAAUUGACCAGAUUUAUGCAUAUCUAGAUAUGUGGCCAAUCUUUAUUGUAGUUAUUAGUAAGUGUUUUUUUAAAUAAAUAUUAAAUAUGACCAGGUGCUUUCCAAUAAUGACAACUGCCAAUUUGUCAAGGUAGAUAACUUAGCUACAUUUUUUUUAAUAAAAAAAACCUCUAACAGAACCAUCAGCACUCGUUAGGACAUGUUCUUCAGUUUUCAAAUACCAUUUAAUCCUGUCGCACUGACAUCCAAAACUGUGCUGAAAACCUUUGUAGCCCAUAUUUCUAGCUUUUAGACUGCUUAACCUUCUCUUAAAGUAUUGAUAAAGUAGAAAUGCAUAUAACAGAUUAUGUAGUUUUGAAAUUGGCAGUUAACUAUUGGGGUAGCAGAACGAACUCAAAGGAUAAAAUUACUGUCAAAUAGGUUGAUAAUUUUUGCAGGAGUAUCAAGGUACCAGCAAGACUCUGAAGUAUUUUGUUUUUAGAAAAAUAUUGAUACAUUGGUUGGAAGAUUUAUUUUGUACAAACAUUAGUAGAAGCAUUUGUGUAUGCUGCAUCAUUGUAUACUGUAAUUAGGGUAUGUAGAUAACAGAUUUAACUCUUAAAUGUAGGUCAGCUCCAGGUUGGUUUGUCAUUGUGUUCACAUGGUGACAAAAACACUUAAGAGGCUUCUGCCAUAUUGCAUGCCUUGAGGGAGACUAGUCUGUUGAUGAGUCACAACUCUGGAACAACAGAUUUGAAUGAGAGGGAAGGGUGCAUAGCUAUGGAUGUGUUUGAAUGAAGCACUUACCUCCCAUAUCUAAUAGAGUUGAUGCUGUUGAGUUGUCUUGUACAGGUGCCCACCAUCUUCACUGUGAUGCAAAUAAACAUGAUGGAAACAAGAA